AACCAAAAUCGGUGGAUGUAAACAAAUAUACAUGUUUUGAUGUGUUUUCAUGUUAUCGAAUAUUCUGGUGUUUUGAUAUAUUAAAAUGGUUCGAAUAACUGAAGAUCUAGUACGGAGAAAGUCUGAACACAAUGAACGAGAGAUAUUUUCACUAGAAGAAUUAUCAUUGCACCAUGAGAAUAUUGAAAGGAUUGAAAAUAUUGACAAAUGGUGCAAGCAUUUAAAGAUUUUGUAUCUACAAAGUAAUUUGAUUCCUAAAAUAGAAAAUGUUGGAAGAUUAAAGCAAUUAAAAUACCUAAAUUUGGCUUUAAAUAAUGUAGAAAGAGUAGAAAAUUUAGAAGGUUGUGAAUCAUUAGAAAAGUUGGAUCUCACAGUGAACUUUGUUGGUGAACUCACUAGUAUUGACAGUUUAAAGAGUCUUGUAUUCUUCAGUGAAUUAUAUCUCACAGGAAAUCCAUGUAGCCAGUUUGAGGGAUAUAGAGAUUAUGUCAUAUCUACACUACAAAACUUAAAGACCCUAGAUGGAACACCAGUUGAGAGAUCUGAGAGAAUUAUAGCUACACAGAACUAUGGAGUAAUCCGAGCCAGAAUUGUUCAACAACAGAUUGAAUAUAAAAAGAAACGGGAUAAGGAGAGAGAAGAGGCAAGAAUAGCAUUAGAAAAGGAAGAUCAAGAGAAGGAAGCUGCAAAAGCAGAGGCCGAGAAAAAGCUAGGCUUUGAUGGCACCUGGUACACUGAUAUUAAUGCAGAAGAUAAAGAAAAACGUGCCAAGAAACAAACAGAGGAGGCAGAGGAAGAAUUUAAAAAGGACAAAGAGUUCUGGGACACCAAGUCUGUGUUUAGUCCAGAGGAGCGAUUGAAGGCCCACAAGAAACUGGAGGAGCAGAAAGACAGAGACAGGAAACGAGAAGACGCUAAAAACCCUCCAAAGCCUCCCCGGCGACUGUUUGCAGACGACGGCCGUCCAUUGAAUGUCAAUGAACCCAAAAUCAACUUCAAGUUGACUGAAGACGAAACAGGGAACUCCUAUCUUUUGGAUUACCAAUGCUACAAGUAUUUAGAUACCAGUAUGAUAGAUGUUGAUGUUCAGCCGAAUUAUAUACGGAUAACAACAAAAGGAAAGACCUUCCAGUUGUGUUUAGAACAGGAGGUGAACGCUGAUUCAAGCUCUUGUCAAAGAUCCCAAAUCACAGGACACUUGCUAGUUACCAUGCCAAAGGCAAAGCAGAUUGUCAAAUCCUCACCAAAACCGGCGAAGACCAGCAAUAACAACAAGGAAAAUGAAAGCAAUGAAACGCAAACUAAAACAAACCGAAAAAACAUGGAGAAACUUGAGGUUGACGAGUCCGCUAGAAAGACAGUAGACAUAGGCAAUAUUGUGAAGGAAAAGGGCGAGGUGAGUGUUCCUCCUCUUGGCUCCAAACCGCUCGGCAAAAAGCGGGAGGAGAAACCGUUGAGUGAAAACUUUGUGGACAAUCCCGACGUGCCACCGUUGGAAUGAGUUUUUGAUCUUUGGAGCAUAUUACAUGGAUAAUCUCAGUGCUAUAACAGCUGAAUAAAACGUUUGCCGUUU